ACAUUACUUUUCAGUCACUGGAUCUCUACCACUUAUUCGUGUCAUUGAAGGACAAACAGCCAUCAUUCAGAUUCCAGCAGCUGAUUGGGAUCGAACUGAUGAUAUUCGUUGUCGUUGGGCUGAUAGUUCAGGUCCUGCUGGAGAUGAAUGUGGUGAUAUAUGUAAUAAUUUACCAGGUGCUAAUUUAUCAUCCAGUGAAUGCACAAUAACUUGGAAUGCUGUUCGACGAUCAGUUGAUGCACUUUUAACUACAAGCACUUAUGUAGUAGCAAUCAUGGUAGAAGAUUUUGUCAAUAGUGCAAGUAAUACUCCUAUGAGUUCAGUUCCAUUACAAAUGCUUAUUUAUACUUAUCAACCUGCAUCUGGAGCUUGUAACGACACCCCUGCAGUUAUUGGUGAUCGACCUAAUCGAGCUUGUAUUGGUGUUUUACCUGGUGUACAACAUGUUGAACGAAUUGUUGCUGCUGUUUAUUGUACUGGUGAUUACAUCACUGAAUUUAUUACUAUUUCACCUUUAUAUAUGAAAAAAACAGCUAUAGCACGUGUUAGUGGUACUACUAAUCAAUGGUACAUUACACUCACAUGGACACCAACUACUGAUCAGAGAGGACCUCAAGUGUUUUGUGCUGCUCCUAUUGAUCAAAAAGAAUUGACUGGAUCUCAGCAUUGUGUUAACUUUGUUGUUGGCUAUCUUCCACCAAAUCUCAUCACUCCAAGACUUGUACAAGGUUUUCAUCUGUUUUCUUUUCUUAAUAAUCUUACAAGAUCUCCAUUAUUUUUAGGAUCGGCCUCACCAUUGGGUACAGUUUUUGCUAAUCACUCUUUAUUCAGUAUUCAAGCCACAGGUGAUGUUUAUCGUCCUAGUCGAAAUGGAACAUACAUUCAAAUCUUUAACAAAGCAAAUCCAUCGUGCGCUGAAUGGGAAGUAGAUUGUGGUUAUUCAUCAGAUUGUAUCUAUUCAGGACAAACUGUUCUUUUCUAUGUUCGAAAUGCUAAUUGGGCUUAUGGUGCUAAUUAUUAUAUUUUAUUUUCAAGUGGAGCUGCAUCUGGUAAUAUAUUUUGUAAUCCUGAAUCAGAUCCUAUUACAGAUACAAGCUUUUGGAAUUUCAACAUUUGGGAUCCAGGUGUAUCAAGUACAACAACAACAACGACAACUCCACCAACAACUGGUACUGUGACAACAAGAGUAUGUUUCUAUUGUGAAUAUUAGAGUAUGAUAAGU